GGGAGUGUGACAUCAGAGGGGUCUCUCCCGAAAUGCAUCGCGCUGCCAACGUAGCAGAGCAAAGCUGACCGACCGGAGCUGCUUCUUCCGCCGGAUCAUGGCUACGUAGAGCUCCUCUGAAGGCCGGUGACUAUCGAUUAGGCUUCUGUGAAUGAGAAUCGGUUCUGUUCCGUGAUCAGCAAUCUCCGAUCAUUUUUAGAUAUCGAUCCCGGAGGAUUUUAAGCCGGUUUGUUAGCAUCGCCUCACAGUUCAUCACAGACGAGCCCAGCGCUGCGCGGACAGGUGAGAUGGCGAGUCCCCGGACCAGACGUGUCCUGAAGGAAGUGAGGACGAAAGACGGAAAUAACGUGUGCUUUGAGUGCGGAGCGUUUAACCCUCAGUGGGUGAGUGUGACCUAUGGGAUCUGGAUCUGUCUGGAAUGUUCUGGAAAGCACAGAGGCCUCGGGGUCCAUCUGAGCUUUGUGCGCUCUGUUUCGAUGGACAAAUGGAAGGAUAUAGAGCUGGAGAAGAUGAAGGCGGGGGGAAAUGAGAAAUUCCGCUUGUUUCUGGAGUUGCAGGAUGAUUAUGAUGGAAACUGGAGUUUGCAGGAGAAAUACAACAGCAAGUCUGCUGCUCUGUUCAGGGACAAGGUGGCUACUCUAGCUGAGGGGAAGGAAUGGUCCAUCGAAAACUCCCCUGCUAAAGACUGGACUCCUCCUCAGCCCAAGACUGGACUUUCCUCCUCUCACCGAAGCUCUGCCGGUGCUGGUCAGCAGUCUUCACACUCAGACAAGGCGUUUGAAGACUGGCUGAGUGACGACGUCAACUCCUACCAGAGUGGUGGGAGUGGGCAGGAGAACCGCUAUGUGGGCUUUGGAAACACGCCUAACCCUCCGAAGAAGGAAGAUGAUUUCAUUAACAAUGCAAUGUCCUCCAUUUAUUCGGGCUGGAGCAGCUUCACAGUCGGUGCGAGUAAGUUUGCAGCCGUCGCAAAAGACAACACUGCAAAAUUGGCCAACCAGGCGUCUAUGAAGUUACGGGGGUAUAAACCACCCCCCGAGCCGGCUGCUGAGUUAGGACAGACUUUAAAUGAAUCUGUUAUCAAACCAACUCAGGAAAAGGUAAAAGAUGGAAAGUUGUUUGAUGAAAUGGCAGUCGGGAUCUCAGGGCUCGCCUCAAAGGUUCAGGAGGCUGGAGCAAAAGGCUGGAAGGACAUGGGCUCUUUCUUUAGUGGGAAACCAGGAGAUCCUGCAGAUGGGUCUGUGGGCGGAGAUGGCUAUCAGAACAUGGAGCCCUCGAGCGGCUACCAGAACAGCGAAGGGGUUGGUCAGAGUUUCUGGGACACCUUCGGCAAUGACUCCAAGCCCAAGAAGUCCCCCAGCAGCGACAGCUGGACCGUCGCCGACAACUCAGCAGAGAAGAAGAGCUCGGACAGCUGGGACAACUGGGGCUCUGAGGCUCCGUCCAACAACAAGCACAGCACUGGAGACAGCUGGGAGGCCUGGGACAACAACUGGGAGAACGCGGCCGAGAACAAGAGCAAGAAGAGUGCUGCUAAAGAAGAGGAGACAUGGGACAACGCCGACUGGUAGACAGUUUUGCGCUCCUGACUGUCGGGGCCGGCUGUGCUGACCACAGAGACGCUGUCGUUCUGAUCGUAUGUGCUGUUGUCGGAUGUGUUUUUCAGUAACUUUGUUUGAAAUUUAUUACAGAAACUCCAUCUCCAAGGUGAACGCCUUCUCCGAGCACGUUAGAAACCGCUAGAACUGAUGAUGAUGAUGAUGAUGAUGAUUUUGAGAUCUUGCACGUUUUAAAUUCAGACUGUAGGUGUUUCUGCUGCAUCUCUGCUGCAGCACUUUAACUUCUGUUUUUUCAGUGUUUUUUCAGUUUAAUAUGCUGAUCAGUUAUUUAUCUCUCAGCUCUUCGCAGAUUAAAGGAUCCACCCUUACAAAGAGGUUCUUGAAGGGUUCUUUACUAAAACCAAUGGUAAUACAUAGAACUAUGAAAGCUCGACAAGAUCAGUUUGAAUGUGCAAGAGCACCAAAAAGGUUCUGCUACUGUUAGAACCUUUUUUUUCUGUUAAAAAUGCAGGCUGGACGAUAUGUCAAAGAUCCAUCAUUACGAAACUUGAGGACGUUUUUAUUGUUCACUUUUUUCAACAUUUGUUUAUUAUUGAUAAGUUGAGUUGAAUGCCCCAGCAUGGCCCCAUUUAUAAUAUUCAUUAAACAGGAUUAAUUAUGAUCUUUGUUUGUAAUGAAACACAUUAUCAGUGCUAUUGAAAUACUGAUCAUAUCCACAAUUUACUCAGAAACUGACAUAAUUCAUGAUGAUUAUGGUAAGAGUUGCUACUCUUUUGAUUAUUCGGUCUAUGGUGAGUUUUUCUACAAAAGUCUUUCUUAAAAUUCUUAAGAAAGUUCUUAAAAUGUUCAGUAUUGGAAUAGUGCUGUGAAAAUCCUCAGUAAGCAUUAAUCUUUAAUCUUAGUCUUUAAUCUGAAUAAUCUCGCUGGAAACUUUACAGUGAGUCUGUGCAGAGGCUGUUCUUUAGUGUGGCUGCAGGGGGCGACUAAGUGCAGUUUAUUUAUUUUCUCUUAUUAAACUGCACAGUAAAAAAUGUUCCAUCAGAUUAACCUAAGCAAUUGAAUUAGUUUUAUUAAUCAUUUAUUAAAAGUAUUUAUUUAGAUUAAAUAAAACCAAUUUUAUUGUUUAUUACUAUGUGAAUUAAUUUUGUAAGGUUGAACUGACAGCACUUUUUACAGUGUGGGCAUCUAAACUCUACACCCUUAAUCAUUUCAUCUCAAACAGCUGAAUGAGUUUAAAAGUGUUUGAAAGAUUUUGGUUAGUUUAAAGGACUUUAAAGAUAAGUGAAGAACGCUUUAGAGACAUUUGUUAAAAGUCCUCAGACAACUCAUGAAACUAAAGCAUCAGCUACAAUUAUGGCGUGAUUAAAUAUUGCAUUGUGAGCAUUUAUCUGACUCUCUCUCUCUCUCUCUCUCUCUCUCUCUCUCUCUCUCUCUCUCUCUCUCUCUCUCUCUCUCUCUCUCUCUCUCUCUCUCUCUCUCUCUGUCUCUCUGUCUCUCUGUCUCUCUGUGAUGGUGAUUCAGUGUGUCCUUUAAAACUUAUGUGUCAGGAGCUGAAAUGUAAACAUGUACAGUUAUGUAGAGUUUAAUGGAUUAAAGUGGAAAAACUUUAUUAAGUAAAA